AGGCCUGGCAGGGAGAGUGAGGGCUGGCGACUGGGAUGGGGAGGCGAGGAGUGGGGAGGCUGACGGGCUGGGAAGCAGAGAACGGAGUGAGAGUGGGGAGGGAGAAGAAGCAGAGUCAACGGGGUUUACUGCAGUGAAGGAAGAGGAAGGGGAGGGAGUGGGCAUUGGGGGUGGGCGAGCAGGGAGGACCGGGAGAAAGAGGCGGGCAGUGGGAAGGCAGGGGAGUGAGGGAGAUGUGCUGAACCAAGGUCUUGGGGGCCAGGGUGUGAGCAGCCAGGGCUUUAACAGCCAGGGACUUAGCAAGGAGGGAGGGGGUGGUGUGGUGGUGAGGCGGAGGAGAAUGGCGGGGUUCAACCUGCGGGUGGUGCUGAACGCCUUUGCAGCGCCCGACACGGGGCGCCCCACGCGGCUCAACAACCGCUGGCUCAAGCGCCUCAAGAGGUGGAAGACCAGCAUCCUCGUGCUCUCCCGCACCCCGGCCUUUGGUGACAAGGAGCUUAUGCUGCAGGAAGUGCGAGAUACCCUAGAAGCUGUGAGGGACCUGUAUCCGGACAUGCUUGUCAUCUGGCGCAGCGCGGUGGGCGGCCAUCCCAGCUGCCAGCACUUCACUCGCCCGCUCAGGACCCGCCCCGCCCUGCUGGCCGCCAAGGGGAAGAUUCCCGACGUGUGGCUCCGGCACGCCGAGAUGAACGCCGCUAUCAAGCCGCUGCUCAAGGAGUAUGGAGUAGUCUACAUGGAUGUGGAUUCAGCCACCUCGCUGCGCCCCGACGGGCAUCACUCGCGCAUGGACGGCAGCAUCAACUGCCACCACUACUGCAUGCCCGGCCCGCUCGACCACUGGGUGUCUCUCUUCCACAACCUGCUGCUGCUGCUCGACCAACACUCUCCACAGAGUACCCUCCCUGCUUCCGCCGCUGCUGCUGCUGGUGGUGGCGGUGGUGCUGCUGUUGCUGGCGGUGCUGCUGGUGCGGCUGGUGCUGGUGGUUUUGGUGGUGGCGACGGUUUCUCUGGUUCUGGUUUCGGUGGUGCUGCCGGGGGUUCUGGGUCUGGUGGUGGUGCCGCUGGUGGGGUGCCAGCGGUGAAGGUGAGUGGGGUGGUGGGCGAGGGGGGAGUGGUGGUGGAAGAGGAGGAUUUGUCUGAUGUGCCUAGAGGAGGGAGGUGGAGGAGUAAGGAGGAAAUAGAGGAGGAGGAGAGUGGGAGGGAGGAUGGGGGAGGAGGAGGAGGGAUGGUAGGGGUGGGAGGUGCGGGAGGGUUUGAAGGAGCCGGGACGGUGGGAGGGGGGAUGGGAGUGGGAGGAGGGUUGGCCUGCACCAACUUCUCGGCGUGCAUCCCAGGGACGCGCAUCCGGGGAGAAGCAGCCGUGUUAGAGGCGCAGCAGGAGGUGUCGUGUGUGGCGGAGGAUGGCAAGUGGGUGCGCUUCAACACGCCCCGCUGGCUGCCCUGGUCCCGCGACCCUCACACCAACCCACGCGCGCCUCACUACGGCACUUGCGAUCUCCUGCACGUUAACGAGACGGGGGGCAAGGGCAUGUACGGCUUCGCAGCGGACAAGUUCCGGAAGAACCCGGGAGACAGGGAGUGGCACGUGCGGGCGGAGCUCAAGUACCAGUGGAAGGCCAGCCGCUUCUGCCCGCCCUUCAUGGGGUUCAACCGGCACAAGUUCUGUGCGGCGGUGGGGCAGCGCAACGUGCUGCUUGUGGGGGACACCACUCAGCUGGCGCUGCACGAUGUUUUCCUCAACCAUGUGACCACCAUCGCGACGCAGAAGGAGAUCGGAGACAUUGCUGACGCAUGGACGGCGCCCAACAACCAGCCGGCAUGUGCCACCAACAACCCCCACGUGGUGUGUUCAGACAUCGUCCCAGGGGGCUUCACCUUCCGUGUCGCGCACAACAACCUGCUCACACCUGACUCGCCGGGGGGGGGGGCGUUCAACCAGCGGUGGCUGGGACAUUUGAGAAAAUGGAACGUGUCCAUUGUGGUUCUCAACAAAGGCUUUGAGCGCCGCCCUACCCCGGUGUACCUCAAGACGCUUCGUCAGACGCUCACGAAGUUCCGCCAGGUGGCGCCUGAUACCCUGCUGAUCUGGCGGUCCACGUGGCGCGGCCACGAGGGCUGUGAGAAUGCCACGGAGCCGCUGGCAGCGCCGCCCGAUAAUGCCACCCGGGCUGGUCCAUGGGCGUUUGUACUGGAACAGAACGAGGCGGUGCGGGAUGUGAUUCGGGAAUUCGGUGGUGUGUACAUGAAUCUGGAUGCAUCCUUGUCAAUGCGGCCUGAUGGACACCUACGGCAACUGAAUGGCCUCACAGAUUGCUACUACUACUGCUUGCCAGGUCCUGUGGACCACUUCAUGCGGCUCUUUUACAACUACCUCAUCAUUCUUGAUAGCAAAGGGCCACGUACCAGCCAUAAAUGCCACGCGUCUCAUUCAGAGUUCAACGGAAAGUCUCACUUCCCUCGCAACGGGCACGGCAACGGCUACUCCCGCUGGGCCCGCGACGCGUCAGGUGCUUCACCCCCACCUUCAGCGUCCGGCCCCAACCGAGCGAGUCACCACCACGAUGGAGCAAGCCAUGGGAAGGGAUAUGACGGGCGAUAUGAGGGGCGAUUUGAGGGGGCCCGGUGUGAAGGACGGUAUGAGGGGCGGUAUGGGAGAGGGUAUGGGAGAGGAGACUUUAGAGGGUACGCUCAGAGUGGGUCCGAACGGCCCGCUUCCCCUGGUUCAUCCCCUUCCCCCUCCUCGUCCGCCUCCCCUUUCGCUUCCUCCUCUCCUCCCUUCGGCCAGUCCGCCGCUGCAAACUCCCCCUCUUCGCCUGCCAACGCAACUUCUUCGCCAGAUUCAAAUGCCGCCGCUGGUGGGGCUGCUUCUGGGGAGUUUCCGUUCCAAUCGCAUCACACGAUCCUGGACGUUGAUCCGGUUGAUCCGACGGCUGGCGACGCUGCGUGGGGUGGGCUGGACGCCGCUGCAGCUGCAGCGGCGUGGAAGAGGAGCUUUCUGAAGCGGGUGGUUGACACCAUUACUGAUUCCAAGUACUUCAAUCUGCAGACAGCUGGAUGGCUCAUGGCGGGGGCUGCCACGGCGGCAGUGGGCGUGCAGGUCACAGCACACAUCAUCAAGGCCAUCGAGUCCGUCCCUCUGCUUGCUUCUCUUGAGAUUCUCAUCGGUGCGGCUGUCACAACCAACGUCGCCACCACCAUCGCUGGAGGGAGGGAAGCCCGCGAGCGUCUGGAGCAGCAGUGGGACGAGUUCGUGAGGCGAGUCAGCGGCACGUAUGGGCUGUCGGACCCUGUAUUUGACGAGAUGGAGAGUGGCAAGGACCUUGAGUGCAGUGCGCUUAUAGCCGAUGCAGCACUGCAGCAGAGCGAGCAGAGGCCCUCACACCUCGAAGGCGACACAUCAGGAGAAACCCAGCAGCAGAGGGAGGUGUGGGCAGCAGAGGGAUUGCGGAGGGCCGCUGAGGGACUGGGUCUUAAGGCAGAAGGCAAGGCAGAGAGCAAGGCAGAGGUCAACACAGGAAAGGAGACAGAGGGGGAGGAGCUGAAGGAAACGGGAGGGAAGCAGGGUGCAGAGGCUGAUUCGGAGGCGCCUCAGAGAAAGGCUGAGAGGGAGGAGGGGGAGGAAGCGGUGGUGGCGGUGAGGAAGGCGGAGCUGGUGCGGGUGUUAUCUGAGUUCGUGGAGAGGAGGGAGGGCCGGGCGAGGCGGGUGAAUCGCAUGCUGCAGCAGGAAGUGCAGGCGGGCAGGGGGCUGGAGGAACGACUGGGAGACCUCACCAAGGCUCUGGAGGUACGCACGUUGGCGUCCGUGGCAGCAGCACAGAACGUGGCUCGCCUGCAGGCACUCAAUGACUCGCUGCAGGCGGAGCGCAACAGUGUGACCAGUCAGCUAUCCGCGUUGACCAAUCAGAUCACAGGGCUGUCCACGUCACUGGACGUGCUGACGAGGCAGCAGGACUCCGUGUCCCAGUCCAACACGGUGCUGCGCGCUCGCCUGCGCAAGGCCCUGCUGGAGAAGCGCCAGCUGGCGCAAUCAUUGCGGGCGGCGCACCGCGUGCAGAGCGAGCGGGCGAGCGACGUGGAGGGGCGGCUGAGAGCAGUGGGGGCGCAGCUGAAAGCCAGCGAGGGGGCGAUGCUGCAGCAGAGGAGAGAGGAGGAGGUGAAUCUGCAGACGUACCUGUCCCAGCAUGCUGCUAUCAAGUCAGAGCGCAAUGCAGCGGUGGUGCAGGCAAGUGACCUGGAGCGCCGGGUGGCAUCGGCAGAAGCUCAGCUGAAGGAGGUGACUCGCUCGCGCGACCAGCUCUUUAUCACCAACCAUGAGCUGAACACGCGCCUGACAGCAGCAAUGACUGAGAACCGCCUCCUGCAGCAGCGGGUGGACCAGCUGCAGCGCACCAGCCGCCACUCUGCUGCCGCCUUCAGAGACCGCGAGGCCACCCUCAAGCAACACCUGGCGGAGCGCCAUGCUGAGCUGGCAGCCUCCCGCCAGCAGGCGGCCGCUGAGCUGGCACGAGUGACAUCCAGCCUGGAAGCCAAAGUGCGAGCAACGCAGGAGGAUUUGGAGGAGAGCAAGGGGGAGGUGAGGUGGCUGGAGGAGCAGCGAGCGGCGCAGGAGGAGGUGGAGGAGAGCAAGGGCGAGGUGAAGUGGCAGGAGGAACAGAGAGCAGCACAGGAGGAGGUGGAUGAGAGCAAGGGGGAGGUGAGGUGGCUGGAGGAGCAGGUGGAAGCGUUGCGGGAAGAGGGGCAGCUGCACACGACACGGCUCAGGGCUGCUGUGGCUGCUGCUGAGAAGCGGGCACAAGAGGUGAGAGAGAGGAGAGGGAGGCGAUGUGCGAUAGCGGUGCGUGCAGAGGAGGAAGAAGCUGCCGCAGUCAGUGCUGAUGCCGAAUCAGUUGCUGUUGGGGCAGAUGCUGGGGCGGAUGCUGGGGUGGCUGCAGGUGCGGCUGCAGGCCCAACUGUUGGUGCGGAGGGUUCUGCUCUUGGAACGCCAAACGAAGCUGCUGGAUCGCCGAACAAGCCUCUUGGACCGCCGAACGAGAAUGACUUGAAGGUGUAUGCGCGGGCCAUCUUCCCUGCAUAUGUGGCCCUUGACGCCUCCAUCAUGGAGCAGAGCCGAGGCGUGACAGCCAUGGUGCAGGUAUGGGCUGGCAGACAUGUAUGGUGGCAGUGCAUGUAUGCAGGUAUGGUAUGCAUGCAGGUGUAUUUGCAGGUCAUCUUCCCUGCAUAUGUGGCACUUGACGCCUCCAUCAUGGAGCAGAGCCGAGGGGUGACAGCCAUGGUGCAGGUACGGGAGCUUGUGGUAUGGUGA